UAUGAGGCGCCAAAACUGUGCUCUUCGCCAUUGAUGAAUCGUGGAAUUAACGGUGUCCGAGUCAACUGUUCGUUUCUUCUACGUCAGAGGUGGCAUUGAGAGCCUGGAGAAAAGAAGCAAGUGGUUAGAGAAUAGAAAGCAGAGGUUCCCAUCACGUCCCCCACGCGCACACGCAAAGAGAAAAUGCCAAUUCCAGACAUCACCAUACUCGCCAGGCCGCAGUGACCGAGGCCCUCGAAGACUAAAGACCAAUUCGUAGAUCCCAUUACGAGUCUGUCCCUGGAAACUCUGCAAAGCUUACUGAUCAUUUGAUGCAGAGUCUUCCCUUCUCCUGCGGCGAAGACCUCGCAAUUGCCAUGACCAGGAGCUUUUGCUGGCUCGAUAAAGAUUGAGAGAGUUUGGUACCGAGCAUGCGGUGUAUGAGGAUCGGAGCGUAGCUGAAACGAGGAGGCGAAAGAGAUGAUGGUACGACUCCUCCGCUUCUUCUUCUUCUUUUUCUUCUUUCUCGCGGAUAUCGUGGUUGUCGUCCUCCCGGCGGUCUCCGCACCAGCCACCUCGCACUGUGAGGGCACCUGCGGCUCCCACACGGUCCCGUACCCCUUCGGCUUCUCUCGUGGAUGCCAGAUCCCUCUCAAUUGUUCCAGUGCUCUGAAUUCCUCGAUCCAAAUUGGAGAAUUCACGGUGCGGAACAUCACAAGCGACAGCCUCUUGAUCGACGUGCCUCCGGUGUGCGAACGCUCCAUCUACUCCGCGAGGAGCUUGUCCGGUCUCAACUACGCUUUGACCAGUAGGAGCCGCCUGUUCCUCGGCAACUGCACGGCCAACAAGAGCAAGAGCGUCUCAGGCGGCUGCACCAUCAACGCCACCCUGUUCGACGGGAGAUGCGGCCCGGGAUUCGACAACGCCACCUGCUUCUACAAUCAGACCAGGGAAUACUAUUUCGGCCUCUCCAGCAUCGUCGACUCCGGCUGCAGUUUCCUUGUCACGUCCGUCGGCUAUGUCAGUGGCGCGUCGGUGCAGUUGCUGGAGCUCUGGACGGCGGAGCUGGCAUGGUGGCUGGAAGGACAGUGCCAGUGCUCGGCUAACGCGAAUUGCACGAGAAUUACAUCUCCGAUGACCGAUCGGCCCGGCUUCCGGUGCAGCUGCCAUGAGGGAUUCCAAGGGGACGGUUUCGCCCACGGCUCCGGUUGUCGCAAAGUUUCGGCUUCCAAAUGCAAUCCUACAAGGUACAUGUCUGGAGCAUGUGGUGGAUCUAGAAGCAAACUUGCUUUUCUUGUUGGAGGCAUCAUCGCUGGUGCUUCUGCAAUGGCUGCGUUGGCCUUCGUUUGCUGCUUCAUCAAACGCUAUUCCUCGCGGAUGAGGAAACGGAGCAGCAUGAGACGCCUGCUGUCCGAAGCCUCGUGCACGGUUCCCCUCUACUCGUACAAAGACAUCGAGAAGGCCACCGAUGGGUUCUCGGAGAACCACAUACUCGGCACGGGCUCUUACGGCACCGUUUACGCCGGCAAGUUCAGCAACGACAAGCAAGUCGCCGUGAAGAAGAUCAAGAACCGAGACGACGACAGCAUCGACCAGGUGAUGAACGAGAUCAGGCUCGUCUCCUCCGUGAGCCACCCCAACCUUGUCCGUCUCCUGGGGUGCUGCGUGGAGCGGGGAGAGCAAAUCCUGGUUUACGAGUACAUGCCCCACGGCACGUUGGCUCAGCACCUGCAAGGGGAACGGGGGCCGGCGCUGCCUUGGACCGUUCGCCUCACCAUCGCCACCGAGACCGCUAAGGCCAUCGCCUACCUCCACUCGGCCGUUCACCCCCCCAUCUACCACCGCGAUAUCAAGUCCAGCAACAUCCUGCUCGACGACAACUACAACUCCAAGGUCGCAGACUUCGGUCUCUCCCGGAUGGGCAUGACCGAGACGUCGCACAUAUCGACGGCGCCGCAGGGGACUCCGGGUUACCUGGACCCUCAGUACCACCAGAACUUCCACCUCUCCGACAAGAGCGACGUGUAUAGCUUCGGCGUGGUGCUAUUGGAGAUCAUCACCGCACUCAAGGUCGUGGACUUCAGCCGGGUGCAGAGCGAGGUGAACUUGGCUGUGCUGGCGAUCGACAAGAUCGGCAGAGGGUGCAUCGAUGAGAUAAUAGACCCGUACCUGGAGGCAAACAGAGAUGCCUGGACACUGGCUUCCAUUCACAGGGUGGCCGAACUGGCCUUCCGGUGCCUCGCCUUUCACAGGGACAUGAGGCCCUCCAUGACGGAAGUGGCAGACGAGCUGGAACAGAUCAAGUUUACCGGGUGGGCGCCGGCGGACGACGGUACCUUGUCGACGGCGUCAUCAUUCUGCUCGUCCACUUCGAGCUGUGCGGGGAAGUUGCGCACGGCAUCGAAGAGUAGGAGGUUGGCCUUGGUUAGCAGCAUGAUACAGGAAGUGAAUGCAGAAUCUCCCGUUUCUGUGCAGGAUCCAUGGCUCAGUGAGCAGAGCUCUCCCUCCGCGAACAGCUUGUUGGGCAACGUAAUCCAUUGAUCUGACCUACUGUUCCUUCUUCCUGUAUUUGCUUUCAGGCUGACUAUAAUAGAAUCAUAUACAAAGAGUUCUGCAGACAAUUUCUGCCCCU